CUUUUCUUUUUCUUUUUUAUUUUAACUAUCAAAAUAAAAAUCACAUAGGAUGGGUAGACCUACGAAACCUAGAGUUAAAGGCAAUAUGCAGCCUGCUAGUAGCAGUCGUGCAGCCGACUUAGCAGGAACCGCGAAUUCACUUAGUUUUGAAAACCUCGGUGGAUUUGCUCAGUUUGUAGGAGCAUCUUCAACAACAGCAGGUAUUGCCAGCUCACGACCUGCCACACCUUCGUCAUUAGAUGGCUUUGAAAGCUCCACCUCUUCGUCCACUGAUUUGGAUCCCGAAUUAGUCGUUAUUCUUAAAAAAGUGACUAAACGCGAUGCAGUAACCAAAUUGAAGGCUUUGGAAGAAUUGGAAAAUUACCUGAAAUCCAACAAACAUGCGGUGGGACACAUUUUACAUAACUGGGUUCCCAUGUAUGGAAAGUUGGUUUUAGAGGUCGAUCGCCGUGUUCGUUUAGUUGCUAAUCAAGUCCAUUCGCUCAUUACUGCUAAUGCAAAAAAGAGAUUAGCUCCUCUUCUAAAGGAAUUUAUCGGCCCUUGGAUUUUAGCCAUGAACGAUCAGAGUAAGGACGUAGCCCGAGUUGCACAAUGUUCCUUCGAGGCUGUGUUUGCACAAGAAAAGAGAUUGGGCGUCAUGACCUUUUGUCAAAAAGAAAUUUUGGAUUAUGUAACCGACAUGUUAUUAUACAAAACUGCAGACACACUCAGUGACGCUCGUUAUGUUUCCAAGGAAGAUAUGGCCGCAAAGUAUGCUCGUAUCAUAUCGUCUAGUUUUGCAGUUAUAUCCUACUUGAUUACCGCCUUAUCUUUAGACGAAAGAACUAAAUGCCAAAAUGAGUAUGAUUUGAUUAUGGAUGACACAACCAUGUGGAAGAGAUUUGCCACACAUGAAAAUCCCGUUAUCCGCAAAGCAUUAUACACUUUUAUCAGAACACUUUUGUUGAAUUGGAAGGAGAUGAUCGAAACUAGAUUAGAUUUAAUUUGUCCCAACUUUUAUGCCAGCGUUUUCACUGAAAAGGAUACUUCCACACAUUCCGACAUGUGGGACGCUCUUUUAUUGAUGACCAAAAAAUUCCCAUCGUCUUGGGUCAUUAUCGGUAAAAAGAAGCCUGCCUUGCCCAAACUGUAUCACUUUCUUCGAUCAGGUCUUAAUGGCUCUGUCAGUAUUUCUUAUCCUAGUAUGCUUGCCUUAUUGGCAAACCUUCCAGAUGAAUUGAAAGAAGCCCCCAAGUUUUAUACAGACGUAUUUGAAAAUUUUUGGAAGGGAUUAUCCACUGAUUUCAUCGACAGGUCUAACUCUCACAUCUUUUUAAAUGCGUAUGCUGAAUGUGUUGUCUACUUUGCGAUCACUUUAAGUAAAUCAGCCGACGAAAAGGCUAUUAAGACAGCUACUGAUUUGAUCGAGAACACAUUCUGGGAUAUGAUCAAGGUGUAUUUUUUAAAUUCGCGUGAUAAAAACAUUGGAGAUAAGUUGGAUCCAAAUGGCUAUGCUAUUGUUGCAAAACAUUUGGUGGUUAUGGCGUCUGUUGAGAGCGUUAAGGAUUGCAUGGUCACUUUUUGGUCACAUAUGGAUGCACUCUUGGUUCAGACCGUAAUUGAUUGUGGCUCUGAAGUCACGCGUGCUCCCCUUGAUAUGGAUGUAUUCUGUCAAAAAACUGGUAAUCUUUUGACUGCUAUCUCUCGCGAGAUUCAACAAGCUAACAAUCAUGAAAAGUAUGCUACUCUUCAAUCGUACGCGAACGAUCUCGCCAAGCGUCUUUUGUUGGCAUCUCUUCAAUCAAGUAUUGUUCAUAAAGAUAAAGCAUUUGGCUUAUUGGUGUUGGCUUACCAACUGAUUUCUAAUUACCGUGAGUCUGCUAUCAAGACAGAAGGUGUUGUUCAUGCUACACAGCAACUUUUGGUCUUGUUUACCGAAGCUGCUGAAAAUGCUGGUGUCUCGUUGAUAUCCUUCUACGUAACACUUGUUGCUGCUAUCAAGGAUAAAGACGAAGCAAAGAGCUUGUGGUCUGGAUUGAUGAACCAAUUAUACAUUAUGUUUAACACCGAUGAUAUGAAAUUACGUGGCGCCAAGAUCUUACUUUUGGUACUUGAACAAAUCCAAUCUGAAAAAUUGACCCUUGAUUUCGAUUAUAAUUCCGAACAACUGGAUUCCCUUGUGGAAACUUGUGCACUCGUUAGACUUAAUGAAGCUUGUGUGAUUGUACCCCGUCCUAUUUUAGAGAGUAUUGUUUCUCUAAGUUUGUCCCAUUACCUAUCCUUCAAGCUCUUAUCUGAUGCUACUGCCACCGGAAUCAUCUCAGGGUUGGAGGCAAACUUAGUUGCAUUUAACCGUCAUCAAUAUAUUGAAAAGAAAUCACAUGCAUUACCUGAACCUAGUGUCCAAACUCUCAAGACCACCUUGUCUACGCUUGUUAUUUUACAACAGUUGUUUGAUGAAAAUGCAGACCAAUUGAUUCAAAUGACAGAGAAUAUCAUUUGCGAGGUCUUCGAUGCCAUGUUUGUCACUGCCAAAACUCAGCAUGAAGAAGAGGAACAAGCCAAGGCUGAAGACAAUGAGGAGCUCUCUCUUCAGAUUUGUACCCGUGCUUCUGCUGUUUGGGAUUUACUCGUGAAGAAUCUCUCUGUGGGUAAUGUUACGCUUCUCCGUCGCAUAAAGCGUUCUAUUAUUGAUAUCCGCUAUUCUGCCAGUCCUUCGGAUUCUGUCCGUCGUAUUGAAAAACUUUUGGACACUGCUUAUUCUGACGAUCUCGCUCGUGAAGAAGCUAUUACAGCUAUCUUGGGAACCGAACAAGAAUGGAAAGAGCUUUCAGAGGUGCCUCUUGGUCAAUACACUAACGAGUUAUUAUCGCUUGGUAUUGUGAAUAACUAUGCUUCUUUAGCCGUUCAGCCUCUAAUUGAAGACUCUGGUGAACUGACACCCGUUUCAUUUGAUAUCUAUGGACUAAGUGCGUUUGGAAGAUUUGCUUUGUUUUUGGGUGAGUAUUUGUCGGAUUCUCAUGUCCGUAAACACUUUUUCUGUGACAUGCGUCGUGAUUGGGUGAUAGGUCAAUUGAUGAUGACUAGCGCUGCUUGUGAACAAGGUUUGACUGUUCCCGGUAUCUGUCGCGUUUGGGAAAGCAAGGCUGUUGAUGGUAUUCGUGCUUUUGUCCAAAGUACUGAUGCUUUAUUUUCUGACUGGCUUGUAACCUCGCUUGACACACAUGUAUCUAUCAAAAAUGCUUCGGAAUGGAAUGAACGGCUCUUGAAGGCUAUUAAGGAAGGUCCAGGAGGAAUGGAUGGUAGUGAUCGUUUGUUGAAUUUUGUGGCUCGUUUAAUGAAGUCCUCCGAGAACGAGGUUCUUUCUGCUACCGUCUUACAACAUGUGCUUCAGAGACUUUCCAUACUCAUUGAAUGGUCUGUGGAAGAUCUCGAGAAAUGGUUGCCUUUUGUCAAGGCCGAGUCCAAUGAAUUGGAUUUGUUGGCCAAGAUUGCCAUUUUAAGUUCAUUUAAAAACACGAUCAGCUCUACAAACACAUACAAACAUUAUCAAAGCGAUUUAGCCAGUAAAUUGUCGGGUGUCUCUAAAUUGGAAAAGUUUGAUUAUGAUAUGGAGGAUCCCGAUUUGAAAAAGAAGACCAACUAUAGUUUAUUAGCGCUUUUAAACGCUUCUUCACUUAAGUACGGAUCUUUUGAUAUCCCUCGUCAGAGAAUCAUGUAUCUGAUUCAAGGUAUCCGCCCCAUGUUACAAAACGAUGACGAUGAUUAUGAAUUCAGUAGUGAUCAGCAAAAGGCUCGAGUUCAAGCACAACUGGCACAAUUAUUGAAGCAUUUGGCAGAUACUGUGCAGGAUAUCUCGGGAAGUCAUCGGGAGUUUUUCUUGCAAUCCUGUUUUGGCUGGGUUGCAUGUGCGGAUGCUAGUCAACCAGAAGAAUUGAUUGUUGUCUAUAGCGCACUUGAUUUAUUCAAUGCCUUAUAUACACUUUCUCAAAAUAACGAUGAAUUACUGGAGGUUGUACAUGAUCAUCUACCUAUUAUGAGUAAAGCGCUUCUAGAGUUAAUGGCAAAGGAAGAAGAAUAUUUGCAACAAAAGAAAGACGAUGUGCAUUUCGUUGGAUAUAGUAAAGCAAGGUUGGUUUAUCAGACUUUGCUAGCCGAGUUACUCGAAAAUAUUCCUGAAAAGACAUUGAUCGAGUCUGAAUGUUUUAAUAAUCUGAAUGCAUUGAUCCAUACUCCAAAUGAAGUAUUACAGAAGCGUGCUUACCUCUUGCUACAGAAAUAUGUUGCUCAUCGAGUCCAGGAUUUAUCGGUUCGACUUGAGUUUACUGAAACCAAUGAAGAAGAAACCCGUGCAGAUAUAGACAAGGAUGUGUUUGAUGUUCUUUUAAAUCCUCCUGAUCUAUCCAAUUGGCAAUCGACAGGACUUGAAGAACAGGCCUUACAUGAGAUCCUUGGAUAUCUUUUGACCUGGAUGUUGAUGUUUGAUCAUUUUACCGACAUCACUUUCAAAUUGAAGCAAGAAUAUACGGCCCAAUUAAAGGAACGGGAGGCGGUGUCACAUCUGAUGCCAGUGCUCUGUAAAGUCCUCAGUGUGGGUCAAGGCCAUCAAGGAAGUAAACCAUUCGAUUUAACCCCUUGGUCCAUUGUGGAAUAUGAUACAGAAGGAUUUGAUUCAGCGGCUGAAAUGAGUUACCUCAUCUUGGCCUCUCAUCUGUACUACCGAGCUUUGACACACAUUCCAUCACUGAUCAGGCUUUGGUGGAUCGAUUGUAAACAACGACAAUUGACCAUCGCAGUUGAAAGUUAUACUGAAAAAUAUUUUAGUCAGCAAUUAAUCAACAACGAGAUGGAUUUAGUAAAUCGACCAGAUAUAAAGACUCAGUUGGAGGAGAAUGAAGAGAAUGAGUUUACUGUUAAGACACUUCGUUCUGCAAGCGAAGUGACUGCAACAUAUAGAGUAGAUGAACAAAAUAUGCAAAUCGCAAUCAAGUUGCCUAGUAACUUUCCUUUACGUCAGAUUGAUGUAGAGGGUGUCCAAAAGGUUGGCGUAAAUGAUAAGCAAUGGCGUGGUUGGAUGUUUGCUGUAGCUGCAGUAAUUGGUUCUCAGAAUGGUAACAUUGUUGACGCUUUAACUGUGUUUAAGCGCAAUGUGAACCUUCACUUUAGUGGUGUCGAGGAUUGUACUAUCUGUUAUUCCAUUAUUAGUGUUCAAGAUAGAUCGAUACCCACAAAGCAAUGUAGAACAUGUAAAAACAAAUUCCAUUCUUCCUGUUUAUACAAGUGGUUCCGUUCAUCCAACUCGGCUAGUUGUCCUUUAUGUAGAACUGUGUUUUAAGAAAUAGAAUAAGAGAAAAUAGAUGUAAUCAUGUAAAAUAAUAAAUAUGGUGUCUUAACAAUGGCUGACACAAACAAUGAAAAAGCCUUUU